CCUCGAUAGAUUUUGCCUUGUAUUCUCCAAAUCCAAACAGGUUUUGCGUUUUGGUUUCCUAAUAAUGCAGCAGCGUCUUGUGGCGUAUAGCUACAGUAUCACUUUGUGCUAGUCACAGCCUGCUCCAGGAAGCCGAAGCAACGAAAAAAUAUGGUGCGUUCGAUGUACAAAACUCACAAAAUGUCCAACGACUAAGGCUUUGCAUUUCAUCAUGGGUCUUCAACGGGAGUUUUGUCUGCCCAAAGGUCCCCCGCCCAAAGGACCGCCGUCGUCGUCGCCCCCCUCUGCGCCACCGUAUUUGCAGCCGCCCCCUGCGAUAGAGACUGUGAAAAAUGCAGCGGGUCCGGCCGCUGGCCAUCCGUCGUCGCCGGCUCAGGUCCAGGAGAUAACUGAAUCCGUUGGUAGCAAGACCGCUGAUGCUAGUAACAUGAAUCGCCCGGUAAAAAAAAUUGAAGCUACUUCCGCCACCACCAUGGCCAGCUCUUUAGUGGAUGUGGAGGUAGGGGGAGAGGCAAAAGAAUCUGACCUGGCUCCCAUCAGCCUCUCUGCCGAGCAGUGGACGAAAAACCGGCGCGGUAGCAAAAGCAAAAAAACGGCUCGCAAAAGCAGCAAGAAGAAGAGUGCAGACCUUGUCGAGAAGAGUACAACUCGUGCGGUUGGUCAGGAUGAAGAUAAUGAGAUCACAUAUGUUGACAUCAAAAGCAGAAAUAGUCAAGGAGGACGCGGCACGUCGGCGGAUGCAGAUACAACUGUCUUACCAAACAAAGCAGCGAAGGAAGACGAAGAGGAGUUAGAACGAAGCGGAAGUUUUGCAACUACUACCCAUUAUACCCUACAGUCGUUGUCCCUCGGGUUCGAUUUAGACACACUGGAUAUCGAUUUGAAUGCGCCGCACACUCUUGCUGACAAGUUUUGCAGAAACGGGAGCAAAGCUAAAAGAGUAAGAAAUGCGCUCAGUGGUGAAGAUGAUCGCAAUUUAAUCGCCGCGGAGGAAAAUCCUACAGAAGAAGGCGAGAGAGGGCUGCGGACCGACGUUGCAGACGGGAAAUGUGGGCAGUCGGAGCGAGACUGUGGUGGCAAUGUGAAGAAGGAAUCUGUUCCUGAGCAAGUUCAAGCUACUCCAAGACUCGAGGUAAAAAUUUGUGCUUCUAAUUUACUCAUUUCCAUUACGAAGUAUCAGAGAAUUCGGUCAACAACUACGGCGCACCUAUCUGAAGAGAUGAGGAGUUUUUGGGGCAAAGAGAGAGAGAUGAUCCAUGAUUUCUAAAACACUUCAGCCCGUACUGUCAGAACAUUGUGAUGUCUCUUUGAUAAAAAAUCCCGCCAGCUUCCGCUGCCAUACACCACACGUUCGUUUCCGGAAUCCAACGAGCUGCAAAACGUGGCUUGCUACGAAAACUAUCAUCCCGACGCCGUCCUGCCGUGGUCGUACACUAGUAUGGCCGCAACGUCUUCCACCGCGAAUAAUCACAUAGUGAACACAAGCAGUCGCGAACGCGAUGUGGUUUUCUCGUCGACGAGUACUUCGGCUGUUCUCUCCGAUCAUACCACGACCACUGGCAACAACAAGACUGGCAACAACCUGCAGAUCAGUGGCCCCAGUAGCUCUAUCUCCACGUCCGCGCGGCACUCCCAAAAGUCGCAAUCGAGCACCGCAUCCAUGCUCAUGUUUGAGGAACAGGAAGCAGCACACGAAAAUCUUCGCAACCAUUCGCAACCAACUGGUUGUACUUCGCAAAACACAAGGAACUGCUCUGGAGGCAGUACACAACAACAGCAUCAGCGCAGCGACGGUGGACCACUACAACACGCAUACGAUUUAUUGCCAAAUUACAACAAGUACAAUUCUAACCCCGGAGGUAGUUGUACGACGGGUGGCCCCGCAACAUCCUUCUCCCGCACGGGCUCGAGUAGUGGCGCAGAUUUCGAGGACACAGUGCGGACGCUCUGGAAGUGGCAACAGCAGGUCAGCAAAUUUUCUCUGGAGACGCUGUUUUACGUGUUUUACCAAUUGGUCGACGACAUUAUGCAGGCGUACGCGGCGGAGGAACUGUAUAAUCGCGGUUGGAAAUACCACGUCGAACGAGAGCGGUGGUUUUUCAAGCGAAAAACCGUGAAAAACAGCGUCGUCAGAAACGACUUUCGGGAUGAGGAUUCUGCCAUGGUGCACGAUGACCAAAAUCAACAAUAUCCGUACAACCAAAUGCAGGAGCACCAGCGCACUUUUGCUGCUUCUGCUUGUUCAUCAUCUUUCUCUAGUGCUACAAGCUGGGAAAUACAUCAUUGUGCUCAACAGCAUCAGACAAACCAACAGCAGCAAAUGCGCAGGGGCUUUGGUUCAGCAUCGCAGCCGCUAAACGUGAGCUACAGCAGUAGCUCGUUUGGAAGCGCCGUGGCAAAGGAGCAGCAGGAGUGGGAGUGGAUUACGUGGGAUUACUUAAACUGGUGCGAGCAGAAGGUCCUAGUGUACGAGAAGUACGUGGAGAGAUUUGUCAAUUACAGCGGUGAAGAAGACGAAAACGAAAAUUCUGCCACAACUACAGCACUACACCCGCCCGGAGUAGACAGAAAACUGGCAAAUCAAGAGCAAAAUCCUACUUCUAGUAGCCGUAGUACAACCACCAGUAGGAAAGAUAAGCCCCACCAAGCCACGCACUUCUACGUUAUCCCCAACACGAUGCAGGAGUUCGUGAGAGAAUUUUUGCCGGCAGAAGCCACGCGCGUCGGCGCGGUCGUAUAAGGGAAUUUUGUGGAAAGGCGCGGUGCUACUUUGUGGCCUCGAUAGCGGCAUCCUACUGCCUCGUUGGACGUGGUCCGUCUAUGUCAAAAUUUAGUGAUUACAACUGUCAGAAACUAUAUCUCCUUUGAAUUUUUAUCAGAUAAAAAUUCAAAGGAGAUAUAGUUUCUUGUUCUCUUUGGCCGAAACCGAAUCGAUAACGAAACAAACGGCGCAAACCUAACAAAGUAAAGAGUUGAUAUCUAGUGAUUCGGAAAUACUCAAUCCAGUGUAAUGCUGCCCCGCGAACUUUUUUUCAUACUAGAGAAACUUCCACGCUCGUAGAUGAACAGACAACUGCACACACCUAUUCUGCGCAACAAUUGACUUUCUUAGAAACCGCACAAUCUUCCAGUAUUCUGCAAUCGCGUUUUGAAAAGAAUAAAGAAUCAAUUUACUCGCCCAAGUAUUUGAAU